UUUUUGUUUGAAAGAAAAAGUUUCUUGAAUAAAAAAGCCCACCCCCUCUCUCUCUCCAUUGAUUUCUCAAAAAGGGAAAGUAAUGGAGGGAAAUCCAAAUCUCACUUUUCAAAAUUCAAUCUGAAAAAUAAAAAAACAAUUAGCCAAAAAUUUGCCUCAACAAGACAACCCAAUGCCACCCACAGCGCCAAAACUGAAAAUUUUUCAGCUGAAUAUGGCGCCAUAUAUAUACACAUUUCUCUUUUUCUUCCUCUUCUUUCAACUCAACUCUCCCCACAUCAUACGCACAGAGAGAGGAAAAGGGAGUAGCAAACAAUGGCAGAUCAAGAAAAUUUUGUAAGAGUAACUCGAUUGACUAAGAAAAGAGCAGCAGAAGCAAUGGUUCAGCAGCUGCAACAACCCAAUAAGAAGAGAGUUGUGUUGAGUGAGAUUCAAGAUUUGUGUAAUGUGGGUAUUAAUCAGAUUGAGGACAAGGUGUUUGUUUCUGAGCCUCUGAGACCCAAAUGUGAACAAAUUAUUAAGAGGGAGCUGAAAACCUCUGAUGAUGACCCACAGAUGUGUAGUGCUUAUGCUUCUGAUAUAUAUGAUUAUCUUCAUCAAAUGGAGAUUGAGAAAAAGAGAAGACCAUUGCCUGAUUACCUUGAGAAAGUUCAGAAGGAUGUAAGUGCAAACAUGAGAGGAGUUUUAGUGGACUGGCUGGUCGAAGUCACUGAUGAAUACAAGCUACUUUCGGAUACGUUGUAUCUUGCUGUUUCCUACAUUGAUAGAUUCUUAUCAGUGAAUGUCAUCCCUAGGAAGAAACUUCAGCUUUUGGGUGUUUCUUCAAUGCUCAUUGCUGCGAAGUACGAGGAGAUUAAUCCUCCAGAUGUUGGGGAAUUUUGUUAUAUUACAGACAAUUCGUAUUCAAAGAAAGAGAUGGUAAAGAUGGAGGCUGAUGUGCUAAAAUGCCUCAAAUUUGAAAUGGGAAAUCCCACAAUCAAGACAUUUCUCGAACAAUUUACCAAAAUUGCUAAACAAGAUCACAAAAAAAACAAUCUGCAGUUAGAGUUUCUAGGUCACUACCUAGCAGAGUUAAGUUUACUGGAUUACAACUGUGUGAAAUUCUUGCCGUCUUUGGUAGCUGCUGCUGUGUUAUUCCUUUCAAGGUUCACAUUACAGCCAAAGUCACAUCCUUGGAGUCUAGCCCUUCAACGUUGCUCGGGAUAUAGACCAGGGGAUUUAAAGGAAUGUGUUCUUAUCAUACACGACUUGCAAUUAAGCAGAAGAGGACGUACUUUAACAGCCUUGAGGGACAAAUACAAGCUGCAUAAGUUCAAAUGUGUUUCAACAUUGUCUUCUCCUCUGGAAAUACCGGAUUCAUUCUUCAAAGAUACAAGAUAAUGACUACAUGGCUAUGUAUGCUUGGGAAUCGAAAUAGAAAUUCAUUAUUGGCGAUUUUUUGUUUUUGGUUGACAAUAUACCAAAAUAUGUACAUUUA